GUGUGUAGGGGAAGGAGCGGGGGCGCGCAGAGGCUGCAAGGCGCGUCUCCGCGUUCUGGUAGCUUGAGCCAAACGGGCAGAGAGAGAGAGAGAGAGAGAAAGGAGUGAGUGAGCUGCUACAGCCCCGGGCCCUGGGAGAAGCCACACACAUUCACACCUGUAACACAGAGAGGCAGCAUUGCAGCUGAAGAAAACAGAUGAGAGUCUCUGGCCCUUCAGAACCAGCUCACCCUCUAUGUGGAAUAUGACUGGAUCAUGUCCUACAUGACUUGAAAGCAGAACUCUGCUACCCAAGUGGAAUUUGCUUGCCCAUCUUGGUUCUUUCAAUGGUUCCAGCAUGUGCAAGAACUACAUACCCUGUCAGUGAAGGAGCCCAUCAUGAACAGCUUCAGAUGACUUUGUAACCCCUUUGUCAACAAAGAUGACUUCCACGACUGAAACCAGAACCACUGCAGUUCGGCAAAAUGGGCACAGUGGUGAAGGCAACUCUCGGGAAAAGACUUACAAAAAGACACCAUCAUCUGCACUUCAAGGCUCCAUCCAACUUGGAAUAGGAUACGCUGUUGGGAACCUCACAUCAAAACCAGACAGGGAUGUGCUUAUGCAGGAUUUCUAUGUUGUGGAGAGUGUCUUUCUACCAAGUGAAGGAAGUAAUCUCACACCCGCACAUCGCUACCCAGACUUCAGAUUCAAGACGUAUGCUCCAUUAGCAUUCCGCUAUUUCAGAGAACUCUUUGAUAUAAAGCCAGAUGAUUAUUUGUAUUCUUUAUGCAAUGAGCCGCUGAUUGAACUUUCUAAUCCUGGUGCUAGCGGGUCUUUAUUUUAUGUCACGAGUGACGAUGAAUUCAUCAUAAAGACUGUGCAACAUAAAGAAGCAGAAUUCUUACAGAAGCUGUUACCAGGCUAUUAUAUGAAAUGAGGCAGAAUCGCGAGG